CUCGCUUCUUUUUGAACGCUUAUGCUCCAGCAUGAACGGCUCGCAGCUCACAUUUAGGGGAAGCGCUUUGUGGCGCGACUGCGCGUUACUCUCGCGGAACCAAGACCGGUUAACUCCUCGCAACUCCGGCGCGUAAAUUUCAAGCGCAUUUUACGAGCGACGUAGCCAGUGCAACGGUUCCGCUAAUUAACGCAGAGCAUUAAUUGCUCUUCGCCACUAGUAAUGAGCACUAAUUACAGCCGGCUCUCCUGGGGGGGAUAAAAGCUAGGGCAGGCAGGCAGGCCGGCAGGCCCCUUAAAAUCAGGCUCCCUCGCCGGGCAUGGAGCGCUUCGUCUAUCCGCCCUACAGCGUUUAUCAAAGCUAUGGGAGCACCUUUACCCCUAGCCACAACGUAGCCACGAGGCUACCGUCCAAGCAGAAGCAGCCGAGCUGGAAGCAGAGCAAGAGCAGCGGCAUCUCCAAUCCCUACAGAGGGGUGCUGCCUGCCCCUUCCUCGGCUCCUUCGGUCUCUUCGCCGGAUUACUUGGACACUUACAAGCGAGCGCAGCUGAAGGCGCUGCUGUCACACGUCAGCCCGGGCCUCACCCCGCGGCUCCGCAAAGCCAACACCAAAGAAGUGGGCGUCCAGGUGAACCCGCGGGUGGACGCCGCCGUGCGAGGCGAGGCUGGGGAAGGCGGGGGCUGUGCCGCCGAAGAGGGCAAGAGAACCACCUUCCAGUUCUUAGAACAGAAAUACGGCUAUUUCCAUUGCAAUGACUGCAAGACCAGAUGGGAAAGUGCCUAUGUAUGGUGCAUUUCUGGAACUAAUAAGGUAUACUUUAAGCAGCUUUGUCGCAAGUGCCAGAAGAGCUUUAAUCCCUAUAAAGUGGAAGCAAUUCAGUGCCAUAUCUGUUCGAAGACUCGUUGCUCCUGCCCCCAGAAAAAAAGGCACAUUGACCUCAAGAGACCUCACCGGCAAGAGCUGUGUGGCCGCUGCAAAGGCAAAAGAUUAUCCUGUGACAACACCUACAGCUUCAAAUACAUUGUUUGAUCUGUACAGUUUGUGUGCUGAGGUUGCAUUUAGCACUAUGCACUUUGUUUCAUAAUGUGGAUUUGACUUUAGGAUUCUGACCUGGCAAUGGAUAAUGGACUAAAGAUGUUUGCAAUGCUAAGAUAUAUUUGUAAUUUAUCACUGUACUGCUUAAUUAAUAAAACUUAAAUUCUAA